AUGGCGACAGCAUUGAUGAAUGGCAUGCACACGGCAGGCAUCUACUCGGACAUGACAGUCGACGGGCCCGAGAUUGGCACCUUGGUGGCUGUUGUCGACCGUGCAAAGAAUUUGCCCAAUGUUAAGCGCAUGGGCAAACAGAAUCCAUACUGCGCUGCCAGACUGGGCAAGGAAGCGAAGAAGACCGAGACGGACAAGCGGGGAGGCCAGACUCCUCGAUGGGACCAGGAACUCCGCUUCACCGUUCACGACUCGCCCGACUACCACAACCUCAAAGUGUCCAUCUUCAAUGACGACAAGAAGACGGAUCUGAUUGGAGAGGCCUACAUUGGUCUGCAAGAUGUCUGUAUACCCGGAGGAGGCAAGAACGACGGCUGGCACGCCCUCAAUUUCAAGGGCAAAUACGCUGGAGAGAUCAACCUGGAGUUGACCUACUACGAUACGCGACCGCCGACCGAGAGCAAGAGGAGGGUAAGCGGCAUGAGCGCUGCAGACAACGCACAACGCAGAAGUCCCAUCAAGCGCCGACCACUGCCCGCUGAGUUGACGGGUCCGCCGGCGCCAGGCUCAAUUGUGCCAGACCAUGCGCGAGGUCCCCGUCAACUGCCAGGAAGACCGACAGAAGAUUGGACUCCUCAUGGUCUGAGACCGCGUCCUCAACACCACGCUCAAUCCGCCCCUGCCAUACCCGACGCCCUCCAUUACAACCCCGACGAGCUCGACCUCGACUAUCACCCUGGCUACCAUCAAGCAUCCAUGCCUGAACUGCCCCAGAUUCCCCCAACCCGCAGACAUCGCGGUUCAAUGCCUGUACAGCCCCCCAUGCCUCAGGACUACUAUGCCCACGAACACUACGACCACAGCCGCUCUCAAAGUAUCCCAAAUCUCGCUCACUCUUACUCGUCUCCAAGCGUAGUACAAUCAGACCAAGGCUGGCAAGAGCCUUUGCCGCGCUGUCUACAGCCCACUGUCGAGGACAUCGACGAGUUUGACUACGAAAGACAGCUACCCCCGGUACCUCCAUCACAUACCAGGAGUCCAUCUCACGCCAGAAGUCCUUCCCAUGCCAGAAGUUCGUCUCACACAAGAAAUGGACGUUCGACAUCAAGGGGCCCACCACCGAGGAGUAUGUCCGUAGAUGACUACGCCCCUCCACCAGCUCCCGGCUCAUACUACGGCUCCUCGCCCAACUUCAGAGCUUCGUAUUCCGGCUUCCCUCCUCCAGCUCCGUCAUCGGUAGCAGCUUCAUCGCAAUAUCGCAGUCAUUCUCGCGUGGCUAGUCGCCAAAGUGUGCCUGACGCUUAUGCCAUGACCUCUGCCCGAGCACAUCCACUAGCAAAUCAAAUUCGCCGUUCCAUGAGCCCUGCUCCAUCGGCUUAUAUGGAUGACUAUGGACGACACAGACGGUAUAGCAAUGAGCCAAGCCCUAUAAUGCCUCGCCCUGCAUCCCGCAAUGCCUCUCUACUUCCUCCGCGCAACGUUUCACCCCUGCCACCACGCAACAACAUCGACGCCAUUCGUCACCCUGUUCGCACAUUUGCUACGGGUAGCCCUUCUCCCUCGCCAACUCGAAAGGACGUUCCCUGCUCUUCGACCUCUAAUGGCAACUUCUUUUCUCCUGAUGAUUUUGAUUCUCUCAACCCGAAUGCUUCUUCGAAUUCACCCUUUGCCUCGGGCUCCAACCCGCACUCGCCUUAUCAUAUCCAACACUCACCCGACGUUGAGGAAGAAGGCGCUCGUCCUCUGCCAGAUCCCAACGCCAAGAUUGUUGGCUUUGAUGGUAGAGUGAUCGAUCCCAGUGAUCAUCUGCCAGUGCACAGCUGGGCUCCGGAGCCAGAGAAGAAGACUCCGACUAAGGUCUACGGUUCAAAUGGACAAAUGCACCCAAAUGGCCUUGCUGGACCGCGCAAUGCAGUAGCAACCAGAACACCCUCACGCAUGAGUAUGGGCCGAGAUGUCGUAGUUAACGUCCGCACACGAGGUGUCCCUCCCAAACGUCCCAUGUCUUCUGCCUCGCACCACAGCCCUAUGACAGGUUCGCCCGGCCCACUUUCCGAGAUUGGCUCGAACCCAUACACAGGUGGCUCUACCUACGGCAACGACUUCUCAGACGGAAGAUAUGGCGGCUACGAAGGCCAACAUUCUGAAUACUCAACACCUCCACCUCCGAGCCAGUCGCCACACUACGGAGACGUGUUUGGCAAGUACACCGCACCACCUGGCGGGGACCAAUAUGCAUAUGAGAAUCAGAUGGCUCAGCAUCAAGGACCUGUGUAUCAACAACAUGGCUACGGAGCAUCUGCUCUGAGUAAAGAGAUGGCCAAGAUUGACAUUGGAGGCUCGAGAAGGCCGCUCAGCAGAGGCACUGUCAGAAGAGGUGCUUGGCCUUGA